CCCCUCUUAUCAUCUUACCUAAUUUAUUUAUUGGAUCAACAUGUAUGCAAUACUAUUUCGGUUUCUGUUGCUGUCAUUGUUCCUUUUUUACAUCUAUUGUCAUUUUUUCCAUAACAGUCCUGCUGAGAUGAUCCACUAUUAUUUGUUUAUGCUAGGAUUUUAUAUAAAUUUACAUCCAUUCACUAUAUAGGGAAUUCAAGACUACCUCUUUUUGACUCAAUGUCCUAUCCUCUCCGAACUUUACAACUCCCCUUUUCAUGCUCAAUUGAACUACAGGAGUAAGCUUUUUAAGCAAGCUGCCAAAACAAAACAUUAAUGGUCAUCAAAAGCAGCGCACUGCCUGCUUCUUAUGCACAGGCUCUUAUGUGCUCAACGGCAAUUUGUGUUAUUUAGACUCGGGUUAUGGGUGCGGAUCCAAGGGUCAGAUUCUUAUUUUAAGAUAAUUACCAUUCUUGGAUAUGGAUCCAGAAUUAGACACCGCUGCACGGACUCGGCACAUAAGCUUAACACAAGUAAAAUUUUGUAAUGACUGAUACAUUGCACAUUCAUAGGAAUAAAGUCUACUGCACAUAAUAAAAUCACAUACACUUAACUAUGUAUAUCAAAAUUGUAGCAUAAAAUGAUAAACUGACAUAAAAACAAGUAAUUAAUGGACUUUACUGUCUCUAAAGUUGUAUAAGACCGUCACAUAUCUUGAGUGUUUAUCAAAACAUAAGGGACCUCGUAGCUUCAAACCUUUUUUGCCAACUCUACAAAGUCAAGUACAUAUAUACUUAUAUCAGUACACAUGGUUAGCAAAAGCCAAAGAUCAAAACAAAUAUGAAGCCUGAAACUCUAACACUGCUGUUGGUUAACCUUGCCGGAAUCAUGGAAAGAGCUGAUGAGUCGGUGCUGCUAGGCAUCUACAAAGAGGUUGGAGAAGCUCUUCACACAGACCCAGUUGGGCUUGGUCUUUCACCCUUUUACUGUCAUUGCCUAUGGCGCUCUUUUGUGGCCUGUCACGACUUUUCUUAUUACCUCUUCCUCCACCUUUUAACAGGUGGCUCUAUCAAGAGCUUUAAACGGGAUUGGCCUUGCUAUAGUUGGACCAGCAAUUCAGUCCCUUGUAGCUGAUUCCACUGAUGACAACAGCCGUGGCAUGGCUUUUGGAUGGCUACAACUAACAAGCAACCUUGGCGCAAUUAUGGGAGGAUUAUUUUCAGUAAUGCUAGCCCCAACUACAUUUUUGGGCAUUCCUGGCUGGAGAAUUUCUUUUCAUUUGGUUGGAAUAAUUAGUGUCUUAGUCGGUAUUCUGGUUCGCUUCUUUGCCAAUGAUCCACACUAUUCUAAUGGCGGUAGCACAAGUACAACUGAUAUUUCAAAUAAAACCUUAUGGUCUGAGGUGAAAGACCUUGCUCAGGAAGCAAAAUCAGUUAUGAAAAUUCAGUCAUUCCAGAUAAUUGUGGCUCAGGGUGUUACUGGUUCUUUUCCCUGGUCAGCUCUGUCAUUUUCAGCAAUGUGGUUAGAACUUGCUGGGUUCUCUCACAAGGUUACUGCUUUUAUAGUAGCAAUGUUUGUGGUUGGAAGUUCAUUGGGAGGGCUUUUUGGAGGUAGGAUGGGAGACAUUCUAUCAAAGCUUCUGCCGAACUCGGGGAGAAUAAUUUUGUCACAAAUAAGUUCAGCAUCAGCGAUACCUCUAGCAGCGAUCCUCUUGCUGGCUUUGCCUAAUAAUCCAUCCACUAUCUUUCUGCAUACCUUAGUCUUUUUCACUACAGGAUUUUUCAUAUCUUGGAAUGGUCCGGCUACAAACAAUCCAAUUUUUGCAGAAAUUGUCCCCGAGAAAUCUCGAACUACCAUCUAUGCGUUGGACCGAUCUUUUGAAACUGUACUCUCUUCAUUUGCCCCUCCCAUAGUUGGUAUGCUGGCUCAGCAUGUUUAUGGUUUUGAACCAGUUCCAGAAGGGUCAGAAAAUAUUGCAACAGACCGAGAGAAUGCUGAAUCAUUGGCCAAGGCUCUAUAUACAGCAAUUGGAAUUCCAAUGGGCCUUUGCUGUCUCAUUUACACAUUCCUUUAUUUCACCUACCCAAGGGACAGGGAGAGGGCUCAAAUGGAUGUUCUGAUAGAAUCUGAAUUGCAGCAAAUAGAAUUUGACUCUUCCUCUUCAAGCGAACAAUACCCUGAAGUACGAUCAUCCAAGUCAAAAGAGCACUACUCAGACGGCAUGGAAGUGUCUCAAAUUGUUCCACUUGAUGAAAGCGAAGAGAAGUUGUUGCUCUAUCGCCAGUUGACCUUUGCAAACUUUGAAACAUAGAAGUAUCGACAUUAAUAUUGGUCUGUUCUUGUGGCUGUUACUGGUAAACCUUUAAACCGCUUUCUUCAUUUUGAUUUCAUACUAGUGAAUAUACCAGGUUGACUCACGCCUACACAUGGUGCUGUGUAAAUAAAAGAUUCACUCUAUAAGGAACAGUGUAUAUCCAGAUGUUGGUUUGACAGAUCUGACACGGAAAACUAAGAGAUUUGAGCGUAGGUUUACUGCUUCGUUGGUGUUCUUUUUCAUUUUUGUUCCUUCAAGGGAGAUUCUUUGUCAGUAUAUCAACCUUGUAAUUACAAGCACUGCACAUUUACAAACACUUGUGUUUUGCAGUUUGCACCUACUGUCGCUUGAUAUUGAACGUUCUUCUUUUUCUU